UUUAAAUAGAAAUUUUAAACUCUCAGAACUCCAAACCUUAACCCAACGCCUAAACCCUAGUAUGAACCAAAAGUAAAGAAAAAAAACCCUAAAUUGACGGAUUUUAGUGCGCGAAAGCCAUCAAUUCUGCCCUCCAAUCUCGGUUCCUGCUAUGAAAAACACAGUUCGAUCAGCUUGUUAGGCGAUGGAUUUGGGAGUCGGCGACGAAAUCGCGGGAGAUUCAGUAAACAAGGAGAAGAUCAAGGUGAAAACCCCGAGAUCGAAGAAGCCCAAGAGGAAGAAGUACACUCCCAAGGUUAUUCGGGAAGUAACAUCUGUUGUGAGAGCUCCGAAGACUCCGGCGAAGUCGAAGGAGAAAACUCCGGCGAAGAGAAAGUAUGUACGCAAGAAGAAGAAUGUGGAGGUUAGUAUUCAAGGAACUCUGGCUUCGGCCGCAUUGAGUGAGCCAGAUGCAAGUGUUGGAGAUGUUGAAGAGACGGAUCAAUAUGUGAUUUUGACCCCUUUAAGUGAACGAGGUGGUGUUUUUGGAAGUAUUGGGGAGCAAGAUCGAUCUGUUAAGCGGAAACUUGAUUUUGAUAUAGAAGAAGAGAAGGCUCAAGUAAAAGAGAAAGAUCAACACACGAUUUUGGCCCCUUUAAGUGAACUGGAUGGAAUUAUUGGAAGUAUUGAAGAGCAAGAUCAAUCUGUUAAGCGGAAACUUGGUUUUGAUAUAGGAGAAGAGAGGGCUCAAGUAGUUGUAAAUAGUGAGGAGAAAGUUUGGAUAACCUAUGAGCGGCGUAGGAGGAAGAAAAAAGAAGAGAAAAGUUUGAUUAAGGUAGAAGAAAAUAUUUUGACAUAUGUUCGGAGGAAAAAGAAAGAUCUUUGCUCGGUUAUCCCUUUAAUUGGAUCAGAGAAGAAGGUUCAUCUUGACAAGAUAAAUGGGAAUGCGACGAAUUGUAGAGGAAGAAAGAGAGGCUACAGUCUCAUUGAAAACUCUACACCAGGUAGAAAUUUUCCUGUGAAGAAAAGAAGUAGGAGGAACAUGGUGGAGAAUAGUGGAUGGGGAAGUAUUCAAGCCUUACAGAGGGUGAAGGAAUAUUGCAAUUCAGGUAUAAAUCAUUUGUUUUUUCAGGAAAUUCAUAAGAAAAGAAGAACAGCGAAGUUUCGUUCUGUAAAAGGGAGAAGUUUGUGUGAAUGUCAUAAUGUGGGUACCAUACCUGUAAAUUGCAAGAAAGAAAGAACAGGUAAGGCGAAGAAGCAUGCAUCUAAUUCCGGUGGUUGGCAAAUUAUUGAAGAGAUACAAAAAUCUAAUGCACUAUUCUUUAUUCAAGAAAGGGAAACUUCUGAUUGCAUUCCGACAUUGUGUGAAGAAAAGGAGGAAAAAGGUGUAGUGGUUCAAGCUAAUAUUCCUUGCACAGAGCCCUUAACUCCCAUGAAGGAACCUAAAUGCAGUUUCAAUAAGCAAAAUUGGAGUUAUGGACCCCAAGCUCGCAUUGAAGCUCUAAUUGCCAUGCAAAUGAAACCAAAGACUAGAAGGUACAAGAAAAAGGAGCAAGUUAUUUUUGUUAAUUUCAAGCUGAGAAAACCUGUAUCAAAGAAGGAAGUGAAUGACAUUGUUCGAAAACUAAGUCAUUUGAAUAUAAAUGGUAAUGCUCAGUCAGGAAUGGCUAUCGUUCCUUAUGCUCGUGGAGUGGGCGUGAUGGUUCCCUUUGCAGGCAGAAGAAAAAAGAAGGAUCAGCCUAGGGUUCAUGUUGAUUUAGAUCCAGACUCUAAUAGAGUUUGGGAACUGUGGAAUAUAACCGGAAGAAUUGAUGAUGGAAGCAUAGAUAAGCAGAAAUGGUGGGAGGAAGAAAGGAGAGUUUUCUCUGGACGAGUUUUGAUGCUCAUUGCUCGCAUGCGUCUCAUCCUCGGGGAUAGAAGCUUCUCUAGAUGGAAAGGGUCAGUAGUGGAUUCAGUAACUGGUGUAUUUCUUACUCAAAAUGUUUCUGACUAUCUUUCAAGCUCAGCGUUUAUGAGUCUCGCUGCAAGAUUUCCUCUUCAGUUGAAGAGCAACAAUGUGACCACUAAUGCAGAAGUGAGAAAUAGACUUUUGCUGACCAGUGGAACUGAACAAAUCAAUGUUAUAGAUGAAUCUACCAGUAAUCACUCCUCUGAAAUAACUAAUUUGAAGAUCGUUUCCACCACGUUCCAACACCAAGAAAGUGAAGAAGAAACCAAAGCAGAAAGAACUCAACAUGAAGUUGUAAUUCAAACUCAAAUACAAAACUGGGGAACUCAUGAAACUUACUCAGACUUGAAAGAUGGUGAUAUGAGCAAUAAAGUGAAUCCUAUCAAUGAAACAAAUUCAAGCUUAAGAAAUGAGGAAGGCACAACCCAAAAGGGUUCAGAUGAAAAUUUGAACGAUACAUCAAAAGGGAAGAAGGGUAAAGCGAAUAUUGCUAAAGAGAAGUAUGACUGGGAUAGCUUGCGGAAAGAGGUACUUCAGAAUGGUGGCAAUAAAGAGCGGAGCGAGGAUACUAUGGAUUCUCUCGAUUACGAUGCACUAAGAUGUGCUGAAGUGAGUGAAAUAGCUGAGGCAAUUAAAGAACGAGGCCAACAUUUCAAUCUUUCAAAGCGAAUCAAGGAAUUCCUUAAUCGUAUAUAUCAAGAUCAUGGAAGCCUCGAUCUGGAAUGGCUAAGGGAUGUUCAACCUGACAAAGUGAAGGAAUACCUUCUAAGUAUAGGUGGGUUGGGGCUCAAAAGUGUUGAAUGUGUUCGCCUUUUGUCACUUCACCAUGUAGCUUUUCCUGUUGACACUAAUGUUGGUCGUAUUUGUGUAAGACUGGGAUGGGUACCACUUCAACCCUUGCCGGAGUCCCUUCAGUUGCAUCAUUUAGAAAUAUAUCCUGACUUGGCGACCAUCCAGAAGUACCUCUGGCCUCGGUUAUGUAAAUUUGAUCAAGAGACACUGUAUAACUUGCAUUAUAUGUUAAUUACUUUUGGCAAGGUGUUCUGUACAAAGAGCAAGCCUAAUUGCAAGGCAUGCCCGAUGAGAGGAGAAUGCAAACACUUCGCAAGUGCAAAUGCAAGUUCGAGGCUUGCACUUCCAAUGCCGGAGGAGACAAGCUCAAUGAGCUCGUCAAUUGUUAUUGCCUCUGGAAGAGCCCAUAUUCCAGUUUCUAAUCAAAAUUCUCUCUUACCUCAGCUGGAAGAUCACAUACAUUCAGAAGUGGGAAUUGUUACAGGAAUCUGUGAGCCUAUUGUUGAAGAACCUGCAACGCCAGAGCCUAUUAUUGAAGAACAAGAGUCUGAAUGCUUCGAACCAUCAGAGAUGGAUAUGGAAGAUUUCUUUUCUAAUGACACAGAUGAAAUUCCUACUUUGCAUCUUGUGGAAGAGAUGAAAUGGAAUCUAAAGAAUUAUAUGCAAGGUAACAGUAUGGGUCUUCAAGAUGGUGAAUUAUCAAGGGCUUUAGUUGCUAUAACGCCUGAAACUGCUUCUUUGCCAUUGCCUAAGCUAAAGAAUGUGGGCCGCUUGCGAACAGAACACCAAGCUUAUGUUCUUCCUGAUGGACAUGCUCUUCUGGAAGGAAUGGACAAAAGAGAGCCUGAUGAUCCUUGUCCUUACCUUCUAGCUAUAUGGACACCAGGUGAAACUGCUCAAUCUAUAGAGCCUCCAAAAUCAUGCUGUAGUUGCGAAGAUGGUAAACUGUGUUAUAAUGUUACCUGCCAUAGUUGCAAUAGCAUACGAGAAGCACAAGCACAAACAGUCAGAGGCACAAUUCUGAUUCCAUCCAGGACAGCAAACAGAGGAAGAUUUCCACUUAAUGGCACAUAUUUUCAAGUUAAUGAGGUUUUUGCAGAUCAUUAUACUAGCUAUAACCCAAUUCAUGUUCCUACUAAGUUAAUAUGGCAUCUAGGGAGGCGAACGGUUUAUUUUGGUAGUUCUGUAACAUCAAUAUGUAAAGGUCUUACCACAGAAGAAAUACAGUACUGCUUUCGACUAGGUUAUAUUUGUCAUCGAGGAUACGAUCGUGAUACACGAAGACCGAGACCUCUAUGUAGAAGGUUACACACUCCAGAGGGUAUAGUUAGAGCGAAGGAUGAUGGAAGCAUUAAAACUGGGAAAGGAAAGAGAAGUACUCCUCAGAAGAAGAAAACUAAACAACAACGAUGAGGAAGCAUAGAUGAUUUUGAUUGAAGGGCUGUUACAUGGUCUUUGUUACUAGUUAAAAUGCACGUCCAUGAUGCACGUGACAGAAUGCGCAUGUAUUUUGUACGCUAAACAUCCUGUAGAACCACCCCUACAGGAAUGAGGUGGUUUGCAGUUUGCAUUAUAGAUCGAAGAGUUAAAAUUUUCUAAACCAACUUUCUAAUCACGAUAUAGAUCAAACAUUUUCUAUGGGAGUGUUCUGAUAGAAUCAACACUCCAUUUUUUAUAGUUGUAUAUAAUUUAUAUGUAUAUAUAUUUUGCUGUUAUCAUUGGCUCAUCCAUGUUACCGUCUAUAAUAA